GUGAGGGGCGAUGAGCAGAGUACAGAGGACAUUCCUACAGAUAACCGCCCAGAUGACUGUACCAGGAACUUAGAGAAACAUCUGGUAUCUUCGGAUUUUGAAGUAGAUGAACGUGGUAUCACACGAGAUACAUUUGAAGAGCAUGCCAAUAUCCAAGAUAUAUUUUCAUCCAAUCUCAGCAACAAUGCAUCAUUUGAUUCUUUUAAACAGGUCCGAUCUUCUGAUUCAUCACAGACUGUAACACAGAAUACAAGUCACAGCAGAGGUGCUAAACAUCCAACAGCUUAUGUAAGAGAGAAGACAUUUUCAUGUUUAGAAUGUGGAAAAUGUUUUACCAAUAAUUCAUCUCUUGUUAAACAUCAGAGAAUUCACAGAGGAGAGAAGCCAUUUUCAUGCUCAGAAUGUAGUAAGCGUUUUUCUCAGAAAUCAUAUCUUGUUGUACAUCAGAGAGUUCACACCGGGGAAAAGCCAUUUUCAUGUUCAGAAUGUGGGAAAUGUUUUAACCAGAAAUCAGCUCUUGUUACACAUCAAAAAACUCACAGAGAAGAGAGGCCAUUUUCAUGUUCAGAAUGUGGAAAAUGUUUUAAGCAUAAAUUGGCUCUUGUUGUACAUCAGAGAGUUCACACCGGGGAAAAGCCAUUUUCAUGUUCAGAAUGUGGGAAAUGUUUUAACCAGAAAUCAGCUCUUGUUACACAUCAACAAACUCACAGAGAAGAGAGGCCAUUUUCAUGUUCAGAAUGUGGGAAAUGUUUUAAGAAGAAAUCAUCUCUUGUUGUACAUCAGAGAAAUCACACCGGGGAGAAGCCAUUUUCAUGUUCAGAAUGUGGGAAAUGUUUUAACAAUAAUUCACAUCUUGUUGUACAUCAGAGAAAUCACACAGGAGAGAAGCCAUUUUCAUGUUCAGAAUGUGGGAAAUGUUUUAAGAAGAAAUUGGCUCUUGUUGUACAUCAGAGAAAUCACACCGGGGAGAAGCCAUUUUCAUGUUCAGAAUGUGAGAAAUGUUUUAACAAUAAUUCAUAUCUUGUUGUACAUCAGAGAACUCACACAGGAGAGAAGCCAUUUUCAUGCUCAGAAUGUGGGAAAUGUUUUAAGCAUAAACAAGCUCUUGUUACGCAUCAGAGAAUUCACACAGGAGAGACGCCAUAUCCAUGUUCAGAAUGCAGUGAAUGUUUUAAGCAGCUAUCGGCUCUUGUUUUCCAUCAGAGAGAUCACACAGGGGAGAAGCCAUUUUCAUGCUCAGAAUGUGGAAAAUGUUUUAAGCAGAAAUCGGCUCUUGUUAUACAUCAGAGAAAUCACACUGGUGAGAAGCCAUUUUCAUGCUCAGAAUGUGGAAAAUGUUUUAAGCAGAAAUCAACUCUUGUUACUCAUCAAAAAACUCACAGAGAGAAGCCAUCUCCAUGCUUAGCCCUUUAGUGACCUCCCUUAUGUGUUUUUUGUUUUUUUAUUCUUUUUAUUGAAACAUUAUAGUUAAAGAGGAGAUAAUGUACCAGGAGGUAUACUGAAAUGGUUUGACUAUCUCUGAGAUUUCAGAGAGGAUGAAAUGUGUGGUCAGAAAAGUCUUCCAUUUUUGAAAGAAUUUAGUAGCAGAGCUCUUUUUGUGCCUUUUUGCCUCGAUCUGAUCAUACAGAACUGUAUCUUCAGUUGUGAAAUCACUGUUGAUACGUCUGGCAUUAAGCUGGAGAGCCAGUGGUGUAAUACUACUCUUUUGGCCACCAGCAAUAUUGAGUGGAGGAAGAGGAACAUUUUGAGGGCGAGUAGCUUGGUGUGUUGGAAAGCGAAUAUAGUAAAACAACAAUGUUUGAGGGGGAGGUUGAUCGACCAGUAUGUCCUGACAUAUACUAUCAGACUUUCCCAAAAUUUUUAGACCUGACGGCAUGACCAUAUGCCAUGCCAAAAAUCUGAAGCUGGCUUUUUACAUUUGGAGAAAGAGUAAAGAGCAAGGGUAAAUCAGAUCCUAGGGAAUGAUUUAUCCAAAAUAAAAGAAGAACUUGAGGUGCUAGUGGAAUAGAAGUGUUAGUGAUAGGUAUACCACUUGGUACAUAGUUACAUAGUAUAUAAGGCCGAAAAUAUACAAUUGUCCAUCCAGUUCGGCCUGUUAUC